CCCCGGGCGCCCCUGCCCCCAGCACCACGCGGCACCCAAAACAUCCAAGCCGCUAACGCGCGUAGCUGCCAUCGUCGUCACCGCCUUUCCUCGUCGCGACAUCGCGUUCCUGCCUUUUUCCAUCCGGUCUGCAAUUUUUGGCCAUUAGGUUUUGAGUAACACUGGACAGAAAUGGAGAAUAUGCAGUAUGCCGAAGAGCUCGUGAGGGAGUUUCUCGUGUUCAGGGGUUUCACGAACACGCUGCAAGCUUACGAGGCAGAAUUGUCUACCGAGAUCGGCAGGAACUUUGAAGUAGACAAGAUCCUAGAUUUAGUGUUCUCAGUGUACAUACCAAAAUACCAACUGGAUAGACUGCUAAGCAUCUUCAGCUUUUUAAAACAGUGUUUCACUUCACCUGCGGACACAGUACUCUACACAGCGCUUCUUAAACUGGAGCAGUCAGUAUUACGUUAUUAUGUUGUCAAUGCUUUGAAAUCUGGAAGGCAAGAAAAAGUUGUUGAAUUCUUUAGCGCAAGCGGCAAUUAUCUGAUGCAAAACCGUGAAGAUUGGCUAGCAUGGUUUGCUAUACCGUAUAUUAAGAACCCAAGCUUGGAUCCACAGUUCCGUAUGUAUUUUUCCAAAGAAUGGUCAGACACUUUGGUUCUUUCAUUUCGGAACUUCUUAAGUGGGAUAUUCAAUGGUACUCGAAUCCCAGCUCUUAUGAAGAUUAGCACUGAGAAGAAUAUGAUCAAGUGCCUCAAGAGUGACAUAAAGCAACUCAAUAACAAAUUGUCAGAGCUGCAAGCAUUGUUAGAGGUCAAGGAAGUUGAGCUAUCUCUGUUGAGAAGGAAUGAUAUUACUAUUAAUUCCGGGCACAAGAAUUUACUCAAGAUUACUACAGCUGGUUCCUCCGUUGGGGGACAAGCUUUCUCAGGAGUCUAUGAAGAAUCCUCAACUUCAAGUACAACUGUACAGGGUGUCUAUUCACAGACUUUGAGUUCAGCAAAAUCAAGAGAUGAGAAAUUGUGUGAUUCUUCUCGGAUGAGCAAUGCAGAAAAUGAGCAGAUUUUGGUGACAGAGGAAGACUUUCCUGAAGUGAAGGUGGAUUUUCAGGAAACAUUUUUAGGCCAUAGCAGUUCAAUAAGUAGCUGUCGAUUUUCUGCUUCUGGAUCAAAUAUUGCUAGUUCUUCGACUGAUGGCACAGUGAGAAUCUGGACAUACGACUCAUCAACACCAUCAUCAAAAAAUGCCACUAUAUACUGUGGGGCUGAAGUCAGCGCACUUUCUUGGGAAUGCAGAUCUGACCGCUUGCUGCUCAUAGGCACAGCUAAUGGAGGCAUUAAAGCUUGGAAUGCUGAUGCCAAGAGAGUUGUUUGUGACCUCAGUACAUCCAAGGACUUCCCAAGUGUGCUUGAUUUGAAGUGUAGCCCUGUAGAUCCCGUGUUCGUCUCUGCAGCUGCAUCAAGACGGCAUGGAUCAACUAUAUUUGACAGAACAGGAUUUGCUUCCUUGACAGUAUGGCAUAUGAAAACAUGGAAGCCUCUGACAGUCCUCCCUCUUGGCGAGGAUCCACCCGCUAUUACUUCACUUUGCUUCAAUCACAACGGGAAGAUCUUGGCAGCCUCUGCAACAGAUGGAAUGAUUCACAUGUUUGACAUGUCUGCUGGUCUACAAAUCACUGGAUGGCCUGCCCAUGACUCCCCUGUCAGCUCAGUUCUUUUUGGGCCAGCUGAAACAAGCAUCUUCAGUUUAGGCUCAGAUGGAAAGAUAUUUGAGUGGAGCUUGCACAAUCAAGGUCAGAUUAUUUGGUCAAGAGAUUGCAGUAGGUUUUGUAACCCUGAGAGCUUUAACAAAUGCAUGCAUGAGGUAGCGUUGGAUUCUAAUGGCAAGAGACUUCUUGCUACGUCGGGUUUGGUUCGGGCUCCAAUAUAUCAGGUGCAAGGCCAUGAGACAGGGUUGCGGACGCUUCCUCAUACUGCAUCUAUAACAAGUGUGGACUGGCACCCCACGCGGCCAAUCUAUGUUACUGGUUCUGAAGACCACUCUGUCCGCGUCACAUCCAUUCUAUGAUAUUUUACGUUGAGCAGUUUGCCCUUGAGAUUUUGUUGAUUGCCCGAUGCGACCAGAAGGGCUGCUCCGUAGAGACCUCCAAGAGAUGAACCAGUUUCAUCUUCCAUGGGUCCUCAUGAUAUUCCUGAUUAUCUCACCCAGAUAGAUCCUUUUGCAUUGGAGAACUGUCUCGUGUUUGUGUUUGUAGACUUGGUGAGUCGGCGAAACUAUGUUGUAUGAAACGGAUGAACACAUCUGUGAUCUUUUACAUGGCAGGAGCCUAGGGGCUUUACAGCAGGUUUCUCCCAUUCUGAUCAAAAGCAAUCAGGGAUCAAUCCAUGCCUUGCACCGACUUUUUGUGAUGUACUCCCUCUGUUCACAAAUAUAAGUUGUUUUGACUUUUA